AUGAGUCAUGACAUUGCACAUGAAGUGAAACCAGUCCAACCACCAAUUUACCAGAGAAAAGCUUUUAUAGAUGCCUGGAAUGCAUGCACAAAUCAGUGCUCAUGGAAAUAUAACAUCACACUGAGCUUGAAAAUGUUCCAUGUGAUUAGAAGCCCACUGGCCAAAACAACAGGGCAGAAUGUGACCGUAUUAUUUGUGAAUAGACUGGGAUACCACCCAGGGCACAUAUUGCAGGAAACCCCUGUAAAUGGUGGCCUACCUCAAAAAUUCAGCUUGCAAACUCAUCCGGAAAAAGUCUGGCAAGUCUGGCCAAGACAUUCAUUAUCACAUGCCUGCUUAAAAUUUGGGUUAGCUGUCAUAGAAUGGGAAAACUGGAGGCCUCAAUGGGUAUGCAACUGGAACACAAAAAACAUUUCCAGAAUGGGAAAACUGGAGGCCUCAAUGGGCAAUAUUUCAGCAAAUGAUAUUGAAUAUUUAGCCAAACUGUCCUUUGAAGAAAAUGCAAAAGCUUUCAUGACUAAGACAAUUGAGUUAGGGAUUGAAAGCAGAUUUCUGGGCCUCUGGGGAUACUAUUUAUACCUUGAUUGCCACAAUUAUAAUUUCCAUGAUUCAGACUAUACCAGUUCCUGCUCAGAGAGUGAAGUUUUGAGGAACACUGAACAUUCCUGGCCCUGGGAUAGAAGUGCAGAUCUGUAUCCUUCCAUUGGCAUCAAGAAAACAUUUGGAAACAUAUUAUGUUUCUCACAAUUUAGGGUCCAGAGAAUCUCUUCAAUGACAUUCCAUGAUUAUGAUCUGCUUGGUAAGCCAUUUUUAGAAGUUAUUGAGACUGCUUUAACAGAUCUAACCAUCAUUAUAGCAGAAAUGCUUUGCAUGUUUGUUUCCAUCGCACUCUGCAAGCUCACCAUGCCGGACUGCUACCUCUCUGUUGGGAACCCGUUCGGCAUGGGGAAAUCCUCAGCUGGGGCUGUGCUCCUGCAGGUGGCUAAAGCCAUCAACCAGGUGCUGCUAUGGAGGGUUGCAACUCUGGGGAACAUUAACAGCAUCGUUGAUGGCUUUGCUGCCAUGGGCUUCCCCAACUGUGGGGGAGCCACAGAUAUCGCUCACAUCCCCAUCUUGGCCCCCGACCACCAUGCCUCAGAUUACAUAAACAGGAAAGGGUACUUCGCCAUGGUGCUGCAGCCCUCAUAG